GCCAUUUGGGUCACGUGCCACUUUUUUUCAAACCCGACCCCAUUCAUAGUAUCGUAUGCCAAUGCUAACAAAAGUCGCCCUCAUUCCCACAGAAUCUUUUGAUUCCUCAUCCACUCUCUCCGCCACCUCCGGUAACGGGUACGGGUAUGGGUUUGGCUGUGAGAAACCUCAGCCGGUGGAGCUUGGUUGUCGGAGUUUCCAACAUGGCAGUGCUUCUCAUCGGUGUCUUCUUCAUCUUCCAAACUCACCGCCUCUGUCAUGGCCGCAUUGCCUUUCCAGCCCUCCUUGUCUCCCUCGCCGCUCCAAUUAGGGUUCUUGUCAUGUUGCAAACCGCAUUCGCCCAAGAAGCCGCGGCCACCCUCAUCCUUCAAGACUCCAACGAUCUCUUUACACGCCUCCGCAGACGGGCCAUGUACAAGAAAUGGCUCUGCUGGAGUCGAUCUUCGGCCAUCCUUACCCUCCUUCAAUUUCUCUUUGCGCUUUACCUUGUUCUCGACUCUACUCGCCAUUUCUCCUCCUCCAAUCAUUGUCUUUUAGAUUCCCCAUUGAACCGCACCGCUUUAUUCGUAUUCAUCAUCCUCGUCUCUUUUGUUGCCAUACUCCAGUGCUUCACGGGAUCCGAUGUUAUCAAAUGGAGGUCUUUCUACGAAACCCAUGAUCACGCUUGGAAAUGCCACUAUAGCGAGGUCUUCGAUCAUGGCAUACGGGAGACCUUGUGUUGUCUGGGCCGGUUCAAUUAUUUGAGUACAGCCGAAGAAGAUGAAGUCUAUUCAGUUGCACGAUUACUUGGUGAUCUUGUUGCUUAUCGUGCUUCCAGAACUGGCCAUUUGGAACUCUUGGCAGCUUUAGCUUUACUUCAAAACCAUGGAAUGGCUACAGAAUCCUAUGAAGGAUCCAUGGAAGCACCAGAGAUGCAAAUCAGGGAGGCGGAAGCUCUUCAUAAAUUUGCCGAAGCUGCAUAUACAGGUCCAUUGCUUGAUGUUGGACGAAAUCCAUGUGUAUUUCCUUGUGCGUGGCUGUAUAGACAAGGGAUUUUGUCUCCCUGGACCCGAAACAGACGACCUGUACUGGAUGGUGAUAACUGGUGGCGAGGUCAUGCAGCUGCCUUUCUAAAGUACGUCAAUUUGCCUCCAGAAGUGCUUAGACAAGGACGAGUCAGCCAGGUCAAGUGUCAAGCUGCAUAUUUUGUUGUGGUUCUACAUCAUCUACAAUCUGUAGUAAUUGCUAUACGUGGAACUGAAACCCCAGAGGACCUAAUAACUGAUGGGUUAUGCAAGGAAUGCUCCCUUUCUGUGAAUGACUUGGCUGGCUUGAUCAAUUCCAACUACAUUCAUUAUGAUAUAAAGAAAAAUGUGGUUUCAUCUUUCCCUCACUAUGGCCAUUCAGGCAUAGCUGAAGCUGCACGAGAGCUUUUUAUGCAGAUUGAAGGAAAUCCCGAAAGGCCUGACUCUGAAUCCUAUGGACUUCUUUCUAAAUUACUGGGAUUUGGUUGUGAAUGCUUUGGGUAUAAUGUCCGAAUAGUUGGGCAUUCGCUUGGAGGAGCUAUAGCUGCAUUGCUUGGACUACAACUGUAUAACCGCUACCCUAAUCUGCACGUUUAUUCAUAUGGUCCACUCCCUUGUCUGGAUUUAGUUGUGGCCAAAGCAUGCUCAGAAUUUGUGACAAGCAUCAUAUUUGGAAAUGAAUUUUCAUCACGCCUUUCAGUUGGAUCCGUUAUGCGGCUAAGGGCAGCCGCAAUCACUUCACUAUCACAAGAUCCUAAAGCAGAUAGUGCCAUGAUUUUCAGACUUGCUCGUAGGUUUCUAUACCUAAGCAAAUAUCAGAGAAAUAACACAAGUGCCGAGAAUGAAUCCGAGCUCCAAUCAGGAACCAUCAAGGAUGAUAUAAACCAUCAAAUCCACAGAAGCCAGUGUGAAACUUAUAAUGAAGGCAGCACUGAACAAGAUAAUCAGACUAUUAAAGGGGGUCUUGGUAUAUCCAACUAUGGUGAAUAUAUGUCUUUUGAUAGUGAAGAUUGCCUCAACAAUGAGCACGAAGAAUGCUCACUUUGGUCUGACGCUAGGGCAAGGGAUCAUUCUGUUGGAAUUGAUAAUGCCAAAUUUACAAAUGCUUUUGCUAAAGAUGCACGUUCAAUUGAUGAUCCAGUGUCUCAGUUUAUAGAGACUGUUCCAGAUUCUGAAAAUCCGUCUUCCAAUGAUCCCCCAGAGCUGUAUCUACCUGGUUCUGUGAUUCACAUUGUACUGGAGAAGCAAACAUCACAAUCUGAUCUUAGGACGUUGUGGAGAAUGCAGGAGGGGGGAAAAUGUUAUAAAGCUUAUAUCGCAGAUAGAGAAAGCUUCAAAGAUAUUAUUGUUUCACCAUCUAUGUUCCUUGAUCAUCUUCCUUGGAGAUGUCAUGAUGCCUUGCGAAAGAUAUUGAAAGCUCAAACUGCUGAAGAUCAAGUAACAGUACCUCACAUCAUCUGAUAUAUUUUUGGACAGCAGUAGAACUUACUACGAACUAUACUAAUUUUUUGCUCACGGUUCUUCCUACGUUGAUGCCUCUCGGUGAAAUCAAGAUCAAUACCAUUUUCGAAAGAGUGAAUGUGCUUAUUCAUUAUACUGUAUAUAAUUUCUGCACUUGUGAGCAAUGACAAUAAUUUAUACUGUUCAUAAUUAUUUGAAAGGGUAAUUUGUAUCAUAAUUAAUUUAAUUAUAAAAAUACAAUCUGUUUUGUAAUUAA